GACCUCAAGGCCGUGGCCACCUCCCUGGAUGGCCGCUUCCUCAAGUUCGACAUCGAGCUGGGCCGAGGCUCCUUCAAGACGGUCUACAAGGGGCUGGACACGGAGACGUGGGUGGAGGUGGCGUGGUGUGAGCUGCAGGACCGGAAGCUCACCAAGCUUGAACGGCAGCGGUUCAAAGAGGAGGCAGAGAUGCUGAAAGGCCUGCAGCACCCCAAUAUCGUGCGCUUCUAUGACUUCUGGGAGUCCAGUGCCAAGGGCAAGCGAUGUAUCGUGCUGGUAACGGAGCUGAUGACCUCGGGGACACUGAAGACGUACCUGAAACGAUUCAAGGUGAUGAAGCCCAAGGUACUGAGAAGUUGGUGCCGGCAGAUCCUGAAGGGCCUGCUGUUCCUGCAUACAAGGACGCCCCCCAUCAUUCACCGAGACCUCAAGUGUGACAACAUCUUCAUCACUGGACCCACCGGCUCUGUGAAGAUUGGUGACUUAGGCCUGGCCACCCUUAAAAGAGCAUCAUUUGCCAAAAGUGUGAUAGGUACUCCUGAGUUCAUGGCGCCUGAAAUGUACGAGGAGCACUAUGACGAGUCGGUCGAUGUCUACGCCUUUGGGAUGUGCAUGCUGGAGAUGGCCACCUCAGAGUACCCCUAUUCGGAGUGCCAGAACGCCGCCCAGAUCUAUCGCAAGGUCACCUGUGGCAUCAAGCCAGCCAGCUUCGAGAAGGUGCAUGAUCCUGAGAUCAAGGAGAUCAUUGGCGAGUGCAUCUGCAAGAACAAAGAGGAAAGGUAUGAGAUCAAGGACCUGCUGAGCCAUGCCUUCUUCGCGGAAGACACGGGCGUCCGGGUGGAACUUGCAGAGGAGGACCAUGGCAGGAAGUCUACCAUCGCCCUGCGACUUUGGGUGGAAGACCCCAAGAAGCUAAAGGGAAAGCCCAAAGACAAUGGAGCCAUAGAGUUUACCUUUGACUUGGAGAAGGAGACCCCCGAUGAGGUGGCCCAAGAAAUGAUUGAUUCUGGAUUUUUCCAUGAGAGUGAUGUGAAGAUUGUGGCCAAGUCCAUCCGUGACCGGGUAGCACUAAUUCAGUGGCGGCGUGAGAGGAUCUGGCCUGCGCUGCAGUCUCAGGAGCCAAAGGACUCAGGCAGCCCUGACAAGGCCAAGGGUCUACCAGCACCCCUGCAGGUCCAGGUGACCUACCAUGCACAGAGUGGUCAGCCUGGACUGCCAGAACCGGAGGAACCUGAGGCUGACCAGCAUCUCCUACCCCCUACCUUGCCAGCUAGCGUUACCUCCUUAGCCUCGGACAGCACUUUCGACAGUGGCCAGGGCUCCACUGUGUACUCGGACUCCCAGAGCAGCCAGCAGAGCAUGGUGCUCAGCUCCCUCAUGGACACGACUCCAACCCCAGCCUCGUGUGUAUGCAGCCCCCCUGUGAGUGAGGGGCCUGGCCUGACCCACAACCUGCCUGCACUAGGGGCUUUCCAGCAGCCGGCCGCUGUGCCUGGCCUGUCAGUAGGCACUGUGCCACCCCCUGCGCGCCCUCCACUCAUUCAGCAGCAGCAUUUUCCAGAGCCUUCCAUGAGCUUCACUCCUGUACUGCCACCACCCAGCACCCCUGUGCCCAUAGGCCCAAGUCAGCCAGCACCCCCUGUCCAGCAGCCUCUCCCAAUGGCCCAGCCACCUACCCUGCCACAAGUCCUGGCUCCGCAGCCCGUGGGCACUGUCCAGCCAGUGCCCUCUCAUUUGCCUCCAUAUCUGGCUCCAACCUCCCAGGUAGUGGCCCCUGCUCAGCUGAAGCCUCUUCAGAUGCCGCAGCCACCUCUGCAGCCUCUCACUCAAGUCCCUCCACAGAUGCCUCAAAUGCCUGUGGUUCCCCCCAUCACUCCCUUGGCAGGGCUCGAUGGCCUCCCUCAGACCCUCACUGAUCUGCCAGCUGCAAAUGUGGCCCCCGUGCCACCACCUCAGUAUUUCUCACCUGCUGUGAUCUUGCCAAGCCUCACGACACCCUUGCCCACAUCACCGGCCCUGCCUCUGCAGGCUGUCAAGCUGCCUCACCCCCCAGGAGCACCCCUGACUGUGCCCUGCCAGACCAUCGUGCCAAAUGCACCAGCUGCUAUCCCUCUGCUGGCUGUGGCCCCGCAGGGUGUGGCUGCACUGUCCAUCCAUCCAGCAGUGGCCCAGAUCCCAGCCCAGCUCCCGGCCCAGCUCCCAGCUCAACCUGUGUACCCAGCAGCCUUUCCGCAGAUGGCAUCUGGAGACAUCCCACCCUCACCCCACCACACGGUGCAGAGCUUACGGGCCACCCCUCCACAGCUGGCCUCACCUGUGCCUCCUCAGCCUGUCCAGCCCACUGUCGUCCAUCUACCUGAGCAGGCUGCUCCAACUGCUGCCUCAGGGACCCAGGAGCAGGUUUCGCAAGACAAACCCCCCGGCCCCCCACCAACGAGUGAGAGCUUUGGAGGUUCCGAUGUCACCUCUGGAAGAGACCUGAGUGAUAGCUGUGAAGGCACCUUUGGAGGGGGCAGGCUGGAGGGCAGGGCUGCCCGGAAACACCACCGUAGGUCCACUCGUGCGCGCUCCCGGCAGGAGAGGGCCAGCCGGCCUCGGCUUACUAUCCUGAAUGUGUGUAACACGGGGGACAAGAUGGUGGAGUGUCAGCUGGAAACGCAUAACCAUAAGAUGGUGACCUUCAAGUUCGAUCUUGACGGGGACGCUCCCGAUGAGAUCGCCACAUACAUGGUAGAGCAUGAUUUCAUCCUGCCUGCUGAGCGAGAGACAUUCAUCGAACAGAUGAAGGAUGUCAUGGACAAGGCGGAAGACAUGCUCAGUGAGGACACAGAUGCUGAUCAUGGCUCUGAUACAGGGACCAGCCCUCCACACCUGGGUACCUGUGGUCUGGCCAUGGGGGAGUCCCUUUCCCUCUUGCAGGAGAAUGGACAGUCUCAAGCCAACGCUCCUGUCUAUCAGCAGAAUGUCUUGCACACGGGGAAGAGGUGGUUUAUCAUCUGCCCAGUGGCUGAACACCCGGCAACAGACACUUCUGAAUCAUCACCCCCACUUCCUCUAAGCUCUUUGCAGCCAGAAGUCAGCCAAGACCCAGUGCCCUAUCCAGACCAGCUGUCCUUGAAGGACAAACCUAGUUUCCCGGCUGCUCAGCAGCUCCUGAGCCAGGCAGGCUCCAGCAACCCUCCUGGUGGAGCCUCGGUCCCCUUGGCCCCAUCUUCCCCUCCUGUGACUACUGUCAUCCCGGCAGCACCAGCCACCAGCACCGUGUCAGAGUCAGCAUCAGGGACUGCCGUGCAGGCAGGGGGUCCAGGGACUCAUCAAGGACCAGCCAGUAUCCACGAGACCCUCCAGCCACUGGUCGAGACUCACCAUACCCAGUGUGCUGCCCAACCCCUCAGUACUGGUCAAGGACCUUGUGCCCCAGCUCCAGAAGCCUCUCGCUGCUCCGCAGGUCUGGGGGAGCCCAUCUCAACCAGGGAUGUCAGCACUCUAGGGGAACCCUUGCCUGCUUCAGUGCCAGAACCCAGCCCCCCCAUUGGGGCCGCACAGCCUGUACAGGGUCAGCCACCACCCUCGCUGCCCAUCACGGUGGGAACUAUCAGCUUGGCAGCUCCUCAGCUCCCCAGUCCCCCCCUAGGGCCUACUGCUCCCCCACCACCACCCUCAGCCUUGGAAUCAGAUGGGGAAGGGCCACCCCCUAGGGUGGGCUUCGUGGACAACACCAUCAAGAGCCUGGAUGAGAAACUGCGGACUCUGCUCUAUCAGGAGCAUGUGCCCACCUCCUCGGCCUCGGCUGGGACUCCCAUGGAGGCAAGUGAUAGAGACUUCACCCUGGAGCCCCUGCGAGGAGACCUGCCCUCAGCUUUGAGUGACAGGACCCCAAGCCUCACCCAACAGGCCCAGCCCUCAUUGGAAAAGUCAGAAACGGCCCCUGCAGGAUGGGCCCUGACCCAGCGGGAACAGGGUGCGUCUUCUCCAAUGACAGCAGAGUCAUCUUCCAGCAACACCCUGGGCUGUGACAGUGACACAGGGCAGGUGGCCUCAGACUCCCCCACAGCACCCAGUGCCCCCCAGGGUGCCUCUGCUGCUUCCAUCCCUACACACAUGGAUCCCAAAGAUCAGAACAGUAAUGUUCCCAGAGAAGCCUUGGUUGCAUCUGUGCAGAGUUGCCAGGGGACCGUCACAGAAGGCAGCCCAGCCCAGAUGCGUGGCACUCGGGUCUCCGGGUCCCCUCAUAAGAGGCUAGGACAGCCCGACAGCAGUUCUCCAGCCAAAACUGUGGGCCGCUUCUCUGUGGUCAGCACACAGGAUGAGUGGACCCUGGCAUCGCCUCACAGCCUGCGGUAUUCUGCCCCACCCGAUGUCUAUCUGGACGAGAUCCCCUCCAGCCCUGAUGUGAAGCUGGCGGUGCGGCGGGUGCAGACAGCCUCCUCCAUUGAGGUUGGCGUUGAGGAGCCUGCCUCCAGUGACUCGGGAGAUGAGUGCCCCAGAAGGAGGCCCCAGGUGCAGAAGCAGUCCUCCCUGCCGGGUAGUGGCGGUGUGGCAAGUGACUUCGUGAAGAAGGCCACUGCCUUCCUGCACAGGUCUUCAAGGGCUGGCUCGCUGGGCCCUGAGACACCCAGCAGGGCAGGUGUCAAAGUCCCUACCAUCAGCAUCACCUCCUUUCACUCCCAGUCAUCCUACAUCAGCAGUGACAAUGACUCGGAGUUCGAGGACGCAGACAUAAAGAAGGAACUGCGCAGUCUGCGGGAAAAGCAUCUGAAGGAAAUUUCUGAGCUACAGAGCCAGCAGAAGCAGGAGAUCGAAGCCCUGUACCGUCGCUUGGGCAAGCCACUCCCUCCCAAUGUGGGGUUCUUCCACACAGCACCUCCCAUGGGCCGCAGGAGGAAAACCAGCAAGAACAAACUGAAGGCUGGCAAGCUAUUGAACCCCCUGGUGCAACAGCUCAAGGUCGUGGCCUCCAGCACAGGUCAUUUGUCUGACUCCAGCAGAGGCCCUCCCACUAAGGACCCUGCCCACGCCAGCACGCCCCCGGGCACCAAGGCAGUUCAGACCCAGCAGCCCUGCUCCGUCCGGGCCUCCCUGUCCACAGACAUCUGCUCCGGUUUAGCCAGUGAUGGAGGCGGAGCGCGUGGCCAAGGCUGGACGGUUUACCACCCAACGUCUGAGAGAGGGGCCUAUAAGUCUAGUAGCAAGCCUCGUGCUCGAUUCCUCAGUGGACCCGUAUCUGUGUCCAUCUGGUCAGCCCUGAAGCGUCUCUGCCUAGGCAAAGAACACAGCAGUAGGUCUUCCACCAGCAGCCUGGCCCCAGGCCCUGAGCCAGGUCCCCAGCCCACCCUGCACGUCCAGGCACAGGUGAACAACAGCAACAACAAGAAAGGCACCUUCACCGAUGAUCUGCACAGGCUGGUGGACGAGUGGACAACAAAGACGGUGGGGGCGGCGCAGCUGAAGCCCACACUCAACCAGCUGAAGCAGACGCAGAAGCUGCAUGACAUGGAGGCCUCUGGCGAGGCACGGGCUACAACUGUGCCUCGAGCAGGAGUGGGGACACCGUGUUUGGCCCCAGCACCCGGCCCUCUGUCCACCACAACCAUUCCUGGAGCCACCCCAGCCCUGCCUGUGCCCAUACCAGGUACUGUCCUCUCCAGCCUCUCAGGUCCUCCCUGUGCACUGCCUCUGAGUCAGUAUGGAGGCCUGCUCCCUGUUCCUGUGUCCUGGGGGCCCUGGGUGGCCUCAGGGAACUCACAGGGGGCUUGGGGAAGUCAGAGCCCUGCUAAGGUCCCUAUGCUGCCGGUGUUCCUGCGGCCACCUGUUAUCAGCACGCCAGGCCCCCGGCUGCACAUCACGUAGCCGUCUGCCAUGCCCUGGCCAGAUGGAGCACUCGGAAGCAUGUGGAAGAACCCAGUUGUGGUUUGGCCUCCUCAUGGCUUCUUCACAUGGGCACAGGGCAGAGAACUCCAGCCCAGGGGACAUGAGAGGGCAGGAAGACACUUCCCCUGCUGCCUCAGACCCCCUCACCCCUAGGUCCCUGCAGUUCAACACAGGCAGGCUUCACACCCCCAUUGCCUGUCCUUGAUUGAGGAUUAGAACCUCGUCAUCCCCCUGCAGCAGCCCAGUGCCUUGAAUUCCAGCUUUUCUGUUUCCUGAUGGAAAGACAUGUUUAAAAGGCCACUGAUCAGCAAAGGUGGAUCUCAUUACCGCUGACAUGUGUGUUGCUGUCUACACUGUGUUAUGUUGCAGAGAUGGGAAUGGGAUACAGAUCUGAAGCAGAUAGUUAGUGCUAGUGUAAAUGCCUUCCUACAAACAGUAGCUAAAGUGAACAUUGACAAUGUGACCUGCGAAUGCUGGAUGAACCUUGCUCAGUCCUUGAUAGAGUGAGGUCACCCUGGGUGUCUUCAGUAACAGAACCACAGGGCCCACCUGAAGUUGACACUCCCUGUGAGGAGGGUCGGCAGCUUUGCUGAGCCGUGAGGAUCCUGCCAAGAAACAAGCGGGUGGAUGCCUUGAUAGCCAGCGGGCUGUUAGGAGCACCGUACAGGCAGACACCACCAUUCAGCUCAGGGGUCCCCACUCACUUUCUUCCUUGUCCAUGGUUUCCAUAGAAGCCUGUGCUCUGCCCAUCCUUCCCUGCAAACUCCUCUCCAGGCCGUCCCCAGGCCUGCCUGCUGAGGGGUGGAGCAUUUCUGGAGGUUUCCAUGAUACUUGUCCUAGGGGGAGAUGAAAGCCCCUGACUCCCUCUGAGCAAAUGUUUUACGCCUCCGAUUGGAGGGUGGGCUGCCUGGGGUGACCCUGCUGUGAACUGUACAGUUAAGCUGUACUCAUGAGAACCAGCUCCGUUAUUUUGGUUUAAAUACACUAUUCCAUCAAUUCAGUUAGAAUUGAAUUUUCAGGGGGCUGAGCAGAGUCAUCUGCCGGGCCACAACACUGCAAUAAUAGAUUUCUGUUCUCUGUGUCUGGUCUGAAAAUCACACAGGCCCACCUCUUAGUGAAGGGGAGCCUGCCUUCUCUCACUCCUCCCGCGCCCAAGUCCUUUCCUACUGUGAGAACGCUAGUGGCAUGGGAUCUCCAAGAGACUGUAUGUGCGAAGGAGAAAAAUAAACGUUUGCUUGAAAAUACUGUGAAAUGACAGCUUUUUUCUUGCCCUCUGUUCAUACCAAGCCAAACUAUGGCCUUGUAAAAGAUAGGGAUGGGUCGUCUAGGUGGGCCUGCCCUGGCCUCUGCUUGGAGCCAGCAGCCAUGCGUCCUGUACCCCCGGAGGGUAGAGCUCAUAGGGCUGGGAGACAAGAGCCAAACCUCUGGUGGGGUUGCCUGUCUCCCAGCACUGCGCCUGCUGGGUGUGGCCCAGGCCCACUGUUACCAGGCCGUUAUCUCAAGCCUGGCAUUGCAGCCUACUCUGCAGACUGUUGGCUGGGCUGCAAGCCAGACUGCAUGUGCAUUGCUUUCAGAAGUGCAGGGAGAAAGGGUGUGUCUCACAGAGAGCAGAGUGCAUUUUCAGUCCCAUCAGAGCUGUCACGAGAUCCUAGACAACCCUGUUCGUAUGGGUCCUAGAAGCUCCUGGUUAGCCCCUUCCUCGUGGUUGGGCUUCUCUUUCAGGCUCUUGGGUUUGUUGAGUUGAGCAGGGCAGGCGCCGACCAAAGUCAUAUGAGAGGCACUGGCCUUCUAGGGAGCCCAGGGCAUUAUGGAAGGUGAUGGUUUAGGGAGAAGACUUGUGCUAAGUGGUCCAACAAGCGCUUCACUGACAGCCUUGUGUAUGUGCGCUGCAGACCUGACCCUGACAACAUGGGGUACAUUCUGCUAGAGGUGGCUGUCCUAAGACACAGCAGUAGGCUUCCUUCCUCUGCUCAAACCCCUGCAGCUAUAUCAUGGUAUCUCAUCUUGGCAUGGGCCCUAUUCAGAAGCAGAAAUUGAAGGUUACUGUUUUCUCCCACGACUCCAAGGCCAGCUCAGUCUAGGAUGGUUCAGCAGUACAGGGGUGAGACCUUGUCUUUCUGGACUUAGGUGGUCAUUGCUGAGUGACUAGCUGUUCUUAGAAGAAGACAACUAGGUGACAGCCCGCCAAGCUCUCUGCGGAGAAUAGAGCGCUGUACAAUGCACAGUCUUGUCUCAUCUCAUGGCUCUGGCCCUGCUAUUCUACCGUUAUUUUAGUAGCUCCUGGGAAAGGUGCCUAGGCAGGGCUGUGUGUAGGGGCAUCAGGGCCCAGCCUUGGGUGAGGCCAGUGCCUCCGAGGCCUGUAGUGA